AUGGCGUUGAUAAGUGUCGGUAGAUUAUUUUUACCAUUAAUUUUAUUAGAAAUAUGUGUGAAAUGCUACGCAAACGAUAUUUUAGGAUGUGGUGGAUUUGUUAAAAGUCAUGUUUCUUUAGAUUUUUCUAAAAUAGAGAUUGGACUGUACACCAAAGAGGGCAGUUUGAAAGAGAAGACUGAAUGUGCUCCUACCAAUGGAUAUUACUUUUUACCUCUUUAUGAGAAAGGGGAGUAUGUGUUAAAGGUUCACCCUCCAGCUGGAUGGAGUUUUGAGCCGUCUGAAGUGAACUUGUCAGUUGAUGGGACCACAGACCGUUGUUCUGCUGGGCAAGACAUUAACUUUGCUUUCAAUGGUUUUGGUAUAACGGGCCGGGUGAUCACUGCUGGACAGAAGCAGGGUCCUAGUGGCAUAGCUGUGCAGUUGAUAAAUGAUAAAGGUGAUGUGCGGAAUACUGUGACAACAGUCGGUGGUGACUUUUAUUUCACCCCUGUAAUACCAGGAAAAUAUAAUGUAAAGGCUUCCCACCCUAAGUGGAAAUUAGAACCCAGUCAAGCAGUAGUGCAAGUGAAAGAAGGUAACACUGCAUUACCUGUUGGUGUGCUUGCAGUCAAGGGUUAUGACGUGUCAGGUUCCGUCACAUCAUUCGGCAGCCCUAUUCGAGGCUUGUAUGUGCUUCUGUACUCCAAGGAGGAAAGCCCUAAGUUCCGAGUGGAAGGCUGCAACACAGCUCUUCUUCAAGGCGUACCUGAUUCUCCGAUCUGCCAUACCAUUACUGAUGCUAAUGGAGAGUUUAGUUUUGGUCUGGUCCCUGCAGGAGAAUAUAAACUCCUUGCAUUACCUACAGCACCUGGUCAGGUGGCCAUCAGCUACAAUGUGAAACCGGAAUCAGUUCCCUUUACUGUCAGACAUGACAGUCUAUUUAUCAAGAAUGCCUUUGAGGUAACAGGUUUCACAAUUGUAGGGAGUGUAGUGAAGUCAGUAGGAGGUCCAGGUCUGUCUGGUGCCCGUGUCUUGUUGGAUGGCAAGGCUAUCGGCAGCACUGAUGGCACUGGCAAGUUUACACUGCCUAACUUGCAGCCAUCUACUUAUACUUUGACAUUUGAACAUGAACAAUGUGAGUUGGACGAGGUACAACUAGUAGUGUCUCCGACGGGCCCGGCGGGCGGGCCGCAGGCGCGCGUGUCUCGAUGGCGCGUGUGUGGCGCGGUGACGCCGGCCAGCGCGCGGCCCGUGUUGCUGGCGCGGCCGGGGGCCGAGCCCCUGCGGAUCCCCUCCGACACACAGUCGGGCUCCUGGUGCACCUUCCUACCUCCAGGUCUCUACAACGCCAGGGUCGACGUUUCUGAUCAGGAGCAGAGGGAUGGACUACAGUAUUACCCACUGAGCCAGAAGGUGUCAGUGGGCAAUGGGCCGGUGUCAGGCGUGACGUUCUCUCAGCUGAAAGGCAAGCUGAGCGGGCGCGUCCAGUGCAAGCAGGCCGCGGCCUGCGCAGACAUACCUGUCACGCUGCGACCUCUGUCCGCUGACGGCGGCUAUGUUGGACAACCCAUGACUACUGUUGCUAAAGAUGGCAAAUACACAUUUGAGGAAGUCCUCCCUGGCAGUGUGGAGAUCUCAGUGGGAAGCGACGUGCUAUGCUGGGCCGAGUCCAGGCACAACGUGGCCGUCACACAGGACCAUACCAACGUGCCCACGUUUGAACAUACUGGAUAUGUAUUGCGGAUACAUUCUACACAUGAAGUUGAGGUAGAAUACAGCGGGCCGACGUCGUCGGGCAUGUUCGUAGUGCCGUCGGGCCCCAGCCAGCAGUGCGUGCCGGCGGCCGAGCAGUACACGCUCACCCCGCGCGGCUGCCACCGCUUCCAGCCCGCGCAGGCGCUGGCUGAUACUUCUACACUACUACCUACCACGGUGUACCUGGUGGCGACGGCGCACGCAGUAGUGAUCCGCGUGGCGUCGCCCGUGGCCGUGGACGACUUGGUGCUGCACGUGGUGACGGACGGCGCGCCGCCCAAGGACGUCGGCCCGCUGCCUGCGCUGGCGCAGCCCGGCGGGGGGUACAUGUAUGAACACACCCUGUAUAUGGCUGACGGCGAGGUGUCGCUGGUGUCGGCGGCGUCUGUGGGCGUGCUGUGCGGCGCGCCGCAGGCCGUGGCGGGGCGCGCGCGCUGCCAGCCGCACGCGCUCACGCUGCAGGCGCGGCCCGCGCUCACCCUGCAGGGCGCCACCGCGCCGCCAGUGCCCGGCGUCACCGUCACACUCGAGUCUGACGACUUAAAACUAACCCAAGUGACUUCAGAAGACGGCAAGUACCACUUCGGUCCAUUGGACGCUGCCAAAAAGUAUAAGAUUACGGCUGAAAAGGAUUCGUAUGUGUUCAGUGAACCUGAUGAGAAUGGUAUCAUUGUCGCUCAGAAGUUGGCUGAAAUAACGGUGGAGUUAUUGGAUGAUGCUGAUGGGACGCCACUGCAGGGUGCGUUAGUAUCGGUUAGUGGAGGCUCGUACCGUCGCAACGUGGGCAGUGGAGCUGACGGCCGGCUGAGGUUCUCGUCGCUGUGGCCGGCGCAGUACUACGUGAAACCAAACAUGAAGGAGUACCGGUUCCAACCGCCACACCAUAUCAUCACGCUCGCACAGGGACAGGCUCAUCACAUCACGCUCAGAGGCGUACGCGUAGCAUGGUCGUGCGUUGGUGCUUUAGUAUCGCUGGGCGGCGCGGGCUGGCCCGGCGCUACCCUGCUGGCUGUACCCAAGGACUCUCCACCACACUGCGCCACUGAGGAAGCCACUACUGAAGCUAGUGGAGCGUUCAGGAUCCGAGGUCUGCUACCAAAUUGCGUUUACAAUAUCCAGCUGAAGGAAUCAACUGCUCCAGAGCUGUUAGGACUUAAAUUGGCUAAGGCUCCUCCAGUACUAGAGGUGAAAGAUAAUAAGGACAUAGAAAACGUGCGCCUAAUAGGUAUCCAGCCUCGACAAGUCACAGACGGCAGCGUGAUGGUAUAUACAAGUAAUCCCGCGCACUACCGCGCCCUGCGACUUUACCUGACUGCGGACAGUUCACAAGCUGCAUUGUACUCUGCUCGCCUCGAACCAGGCCCUGGACCUCAUAACCCAGGCCUUAUGCACGUCUUGCCUCGUUUACCUGCAGAUAACCUCACUUAUGUACUGAGACUACAGUGCUCGCUCUCCAAGGCUACCCAUUCCUAUGAAGAACCUGUAUACUACUUCGUCUCGGAUGGCCAGUACAAACACUUCACUAUCGAGUUUGAGCCUAAGGUGAAGUCUAGCGAGCAAGAAGUCCGACAGACGUCCCUAUUGGUGUUGCCGUUGCUGGUAUUGUUAGGUCUAGCGUGGCGAUACCGCGACCGGCUACUGGAGUCACUGGCAGCCGCAGUGGCGAAGGCAGCCCGCCCAACCCGGGCCCCGCGCCCAGAACGGGGCCCCGACACACUGGACCGCGCCAGCAUCGACCAGAUCGUGUCAGCGCUGAACCCACCACCAAAAAAACCCAAGAAAAAACAACUUUAG